UGAGCUUCAGUGUUUGGCUUGGUUUGACAAGUUACCUAGGAUGAUUAUGGGGGUUGGAGUGAGUAGUCAGUUUACACAUCAGUAGGAAUAAUAAUAAAAAGAAAAAAAGGAGAAAAUAAGUUGGGACUCAUCUUGCACACAUUUCAGGUAGACUUGGAAACCGACUCGUUGUCAAAUGUAGCGACGUGAGAAGUUACCGAUUUUAUUUUCCUGCUGUGCUAUCCGAGAGCAACUUAAGUCUACUCAAGAAAAACAGACACAAGUCAAGAUGAACCGCCUGCCUUUCGACGAUCCUUCGUUGGAUAAUCUGGAUCCAACACUGUCGCUUAAUGACCCUAGCGAUAUUGACACGGCCCUCUUAAGCGAUAUUGAUGACAUGCUUCAGCUUAUCAACAACCAGGACAUGCAAUUUGGGGGACUCUUUGAUGUCCAUCCCUUUUCAGGGGGCACACCCACAGAAGAGAUUCCUGGUUUAUCUCCGACCACCUCAGCUGCCCCUCCAAUCGCCACUACCACACCUACAUCUUCAUCUACUUCUUCCAUUUUAAGUAGUAACCCCCACUUGGAUGCUCUCCUGGGCCCUCCCAUCACCCGUAGCUCCUCCACCCCAGAUAAAGCUUUUAAGCAUCCCACCUUCCAGCAGUCUCCGCUGUCUCAGGUUCCCAAUUCCACCCAGAGGCAGCAGCCACCCUCCCCUCAACAGGCUCCAAGCCUUGAACAGCCACAGGUAGAACAGCCCCAAUCAAUCCUCAGCCAAUCUGCCCCUACCCAGGCAGCUUCUCCCCAUGGCUCACCGGGACCAAAUCCAGCAUUUGGCACCACAACACAGGCUCUUUUCACCACACUUGCACCUCAGACUUCACCUCAACCCCAGCAACAGCCUCAGGCCAGAAUCAACUAUAGCAGCCAAAACACCUUCACAGCUGCCAGUCCCAGCAGUGUGAGCACACCUGCCACCAGCCUGUCGUCCUCCCCACCAAGUGCCCAGCCAGUGGCCAUUCAGACACAGCUCCAUGGGCUGACCACUGCCUCUCCCCUACUGGCCACAUCAACAAGCCCUCCUGUUCAAACCAUAGCAUCUCAUGUACAGCAAGUACCUGUACGUGUGCUGUUGCAGCCCCAGUUCAUCAAGGCUGAGUCCCUGCUGCUCACUACUCUGAAGCCUGACCCCUGUAUUGUAACAACUGUGGCUUCCUCGACAUCCCUGGCCACCACCACCACCCCAGGCCAGAGCACUUCUCUGCAGGCCUUCAUGGGUGGGGGCACAAUCCUGACUACAGUGCCUGUGAUGGUUGAUGCUGAGAAGCUGCCUAUCAACCGCAUCGCCAUCUCUGGUAAGCCGCUGGGCCAGCCACACAAGGGGGAGAAGCGCACAGCUCACAACGCCAUUGAGAAACGCUAUCGCUCCUCCAUCAACGAUAAAAUUGUGGAACUUAAAGACUUGGUGGCUGGGACUGAAGCCAAGCUCAACAAGUCUGCAGUGCUGAGGAAAGCAAUAGACUACAUCCGUUACCUGCAGCAGACUAACCAGAAGCUCAAACAGGAGAACUUGGCUCUGAAAAUGGCAGCCCAGAAAAACAAGUCUCUCAAGGACCUUGUUGCCAUGGAGGUGGAUGGUCAGGUAGAAGUAAAGAGUGACCUGCCCACCCCACCAGCCUCUGACGUGGGCUCCCCAACCUCUUUCUCGCACUGUGGAAGUGACUCAGAGCCUGACAGUCCGAUGGGGGAGGACACAAAGCCAAACACUGGCAUGCUGGACCAAUCUGCAGCAGGUGGCAAUGCCGGCGGCAUGUUGGACCGUUCCCGUAUGGCAUUGUGUGCUUUCACCUUCCUCUUCCUCUCCCUCAAUCCUCUGGCCUCACUGCUCUGCUCAUCUAGUGGCACCUCUGCAGGAAGCACUGCAAAAGUUACCACCCACCAUGCAGGCAGGAGUGUCCUGGGUUUGGAUAUCGCAGCUGACUCUUGGGGAUGGAUGGAUUGGAUGCUCCCAACUAUGCUGGUUUGGCUACUUAAUGGAAUUCUGGUAUCGGGGGUACUGAUCCGACUGUUGGUGUACGGAGAGCCUGUAACCAGACCUCAUUCGGGAUCAUCGGUCUUGUUUUGGAGGCACCGCAAACAGGCUGAUCUGGACCUUGCUAGGGGAGAUUUUGCUCAGGCCAGUCACAACCUGCGGACUUGUUUGAAGGCUCUUGGUCGCCCCUUGCCCACCUCCCAGUUGGACCUUGCCUGUGCAGCACUCUGGUCUCUACUAAGAUUCUGCCUCCAGCGCCUCUGGGUUGGCCGCUGGCUGGCUGGCAGGGCUGGAGGCUUGCGAUCUGAUCGCCCCCUGCAGGACGAUGCAUGCAAAAGCAGCCGUGAUGCUGCCCUAGUUUACCACCGCUUGCACCAACUUCACAUGACAGGGAAGCUUAAUGGCAGCCACCUGUCAGCAGUGCACAUGGCUUUAAGUGCAGUGAACCUGGCUGAAUGUGCUGGCUCAUGUCUGCCUGUAGCCACUUUGGCUGAGGUUUACGUCUCUGCAGCUCUACGAGUCAAAGCCAGCUUGCCAAGAAUCCUGCAUUUCACAUCUCGGGUGUUCCUGAGCAGCGCACGUCAGGCAUGUCUGUCAUCCAGUGGCAGCGUGCCUCCUGCCAUGCAGUGGCUUUGUCAUCCACUUGGCCACCGCUUCUUCGUGGAUGGGGAUUGGGCCAUUCGCAGCACACCUAAAGAAAGCAUCUACAGCCAGGCUGGCAACACUGUGGAUCCUCUGGCCCAGGUGACUCAGGCAUUCAGAGAACACCUCCUUGAAAAGGCUCUUCACUGUGUUGCCCAGCCUCAUGAAGAAAAGAGUCCCAGCCAGGGCGAAGGGGAAUAUGCAGAUGCUUUGGAGUACCUCCAGCUGUUGAUAAGUGCAUCAGAUGCCGCUGGUGCCACCUCCCAGUCCUUUGCAAUCGGUUCCAACAUGGCUAUUGUGACUGGCUGUGACCCGCACUCCAAGUGGUGGUCUUCAGUUGCUAUAGUCAUCAUCAACUGGCUCCAAGGAGAUGACGCUGCAGCAGAGAGACUUUAUCCGACCGUUGAACAUCUGCCCCGCAGUCUGCAGAAUGCAGAGAGUCUUCUGCCGAAAGCAUGUCUGAACACAUUCAGGGCAGUUAGGGCUCUGCUGUCCAAGCCAGAAAACUACCAGGUGAGUCUCAGCUACAUUGACAAGGCCAGCGCUCUGCUCCGAGACAGCCUCAACCUGGGACCACACUGCCACAGCUCCACUUUAGAUAAGGUCGUUGAGUUGCUGUUUUGUGAUCUGUUAUUGGUCAUGAGGACCAAUGUGUGGCGUGUGCAGCAGCAAGGAGCAAGUCCCGCAGGACCCGGGUCAGUGGGCACUAGUAGCCCUUUGGGCCCUCAUCAGGCCUCUCCACCAGAGCUCCAAGGCUUUCAGCAAGAUCUCAGCUCCCUACGCAAGCUGGCACAAAGCUUCAGACCUGCAAUGCGAAGAUUGUUCCUUCAUGAAGCUACAGCCAGGCUGAUGGCAGGAGCCAGUCCUACCAGAACUCAUCAGCUUCUAGAUCGUUCACUAAGGCGCAGAGCAACACCUGGAGCCAAGACAGAGGAGUGUGAGACACGGCCAGGCCAGCGGGAGCAGGCAGAGGCUGUGAUGCUGGCAUGCCGCUACCUUCCUCCCUCCUUCCUGUCGGCUCCAGGCCAAAGGGUGGGUAUGUUGGCUGAUGCAGCCCGCACCCUGGAGAAGCUGGGAGACAAGAGGACCCUUCACGACUGCCAACAAAUGAUCAUAAAACUGGGAAGCGGCACCACUGUCACCAACAGCUAGAGCAAAUGGAAGGGGGAAGGGCUGAGAGACUUGCACAUAUAGUGUAUAUAGAAACAUCUCUGACAUACAAGUGCACACAAAGAAAAACACAUUUUUUCCAUGGACAAAACCAUACAACCCCCUCCCCCCAGACCCCACAUCAGAGGGCACUUACAGAGUUGACACUUUCUUUUUUAAACUGUGCUUUGUUUCCAGAAAAUAGAAUUUUUCUCUUGUCAAAAGCAGAACCUCCUUGUGAUAAUCACCGCAGUGUCACAGUUUGACCACAGAGAGGAGCCACCACAUCUUUGAGAUGGAUGGUGAGACGUCAGAAGUGUGUGAGAAGCAUGAACAAGUUGUUUGCCCUGCACUCACUCCUUGUCGCCCCUCCCCCAACCAAUCUGUUUGGCAGAGCUGCACCUUCAACAGGAAGGAGGGCUCAAUGUUUGGGAGUGACAGGCUGCACUGGUUGGCUGCAAGGUGAGGUGUCUCUUUGUUAGUGGGAGAAAAACGACCAAAAUGUUUGGUCUGACGGUGGGCCGAACAGUGGGAAGCCACUCCACAUGUUGUUCAAAUACUUAUGAAAUUUAUUUGGAUCGUACUUCCUUGGUGAUCAACGGCCCGAGCCCCAUGUCUUGAUCUGCACUAGGCCUCCAAGGCUGCUUUCAAUGAGAUAAAGAAACAUUUGGCUUUAUGAAGUUAUUUUCAUACAGGUCAUAUAUUUGUUUUGCUGUGUAUAUAUUUUAAAAUGUAUUUAUAAUAUGUAAGAUCUUUGAUUAAGCUGUAUUUUGCAUAAGCAGAGUGACAAAGUGUAUUUUCUUCCGUUAUGUCAGUUCUUUGCAGUAGUCUAGGUUCUAUAGUGUCCAAAUGGUAUGUCAUCAAGAUCAUAGUCUGAGUUGACCAUUUGAGCUGUUGGACCUGUUUGCAGCUAUGACAUCAGAAGUAGAUGACAGUGUCUGAUAUUGGGAUAUGACAUAAAACUUUGUAGACAUUUUCAAAAUAAUUCAGUCCUUUUUUAAACAGUAUCCAAAAUAAAUGUUCAGGUUUAUCUUAUAUUUCUUUGCAAGUCCAACACAAAGGCAGUACUUCCUCUUUAACUUGUUAGGAAAACCAUCUUUUUUUUAUGUAACUAAUGUGAAAUUAUGGGAUUGAGGUGAUUGCAAAAUGGCUGAAAGUAUUGGUCAUUGUUCUGUAACUUACAUCCUUUUUCUCUCUCCUUUGUUGUUGAGUUUCAUCAUUUCAUGUAAAUAUUAAAUCAUUUUGUAAAGAA